UUCACUGCAAAUAGUGUGAGAUGUUGGUUGUAGUUGACCCGAACGUCCACUAGAGGACAGAGUGGACCGUGGCAUUGGAGCAGCCUCGUCCGCGGCGCGGGGCUCCUCCCAAAUGUGCGUGAUGUUUGUCGUCAGUGGAACAAAGAAGCUCAGACGGUGAAAGAGACCGAUGCGACGGGGAUCGCUCCACGGACUUGGUUUGGCUUUUUCCUUCAUCUUCGGUGGGAAAUCUUUUGGCAGCAUUUCUAGCUCGUGUCUGGAAUGACGCGUGCGGCGGGCAGAUGGAGCUCUGUGCGGAUGUAUUUGCUCUUCGUGCUGCUGGAGUGUUACUGGGAAGCCGUGUGCGGCCAGCUCUCUUACUCCGUGGCGGAGGAGGUGAAUGUGGGGACCGUCGUGGGAAACAUCGCCAAGGAUUUGAGCCUCAGCGUGCGGGAUUUGGAGUCCCGCAUGUUGCAGAUCGUUGCGGGAACCCAGAGGAAAUAUUUCGAGGUCGACCUCAAGGCUGGUGUCCUCUUCGUGAGUGAGAGAAUCGACCGAGAGGAACUGUGCAGAAAACAAGCCAAGUGUUCCCUCGGCGUAGAAGCCAUGAUUAGUAAUCCCUUAAAAUUAUACCGAAUUGAAAUUACAAUAAUAGAUGUAAAUGACAAUGAUCCAUCAUUCUUGAGCAAAUCACAGGUGUUAAAUAUUACAGAAAACACAGAACUGGGCACAAAGUUUCCUCUGCACGCAGCUCAUGAUGCAGACGUGGGUAAAAAUUCUAUCAAUUCAUACAAGCUCAGCCAUAAUGAACAUUUCUCUCUUGAGGCGCAGAAAGGCGAAAGUGUGACGCCAGAAUUAGUGCUGCAGAAGCUUUUGGAUCGAGAAAAACGGGCCGUGAUCACACUCACGUUGACGGCUAUUGAUGGAGGAACGCCGGCAAAAUCGGGCACGAUGACCAUUGUUGUCAACGUGUUAGAUAUUAAUGAUAAUGCUCCUGUAUUCCGUCAAAAUCUGUACAAAGCUCAGAUAUAUGAGAAUAUUAAAAUUGACACGUCAAUCAUAACGUUAAACGCUACUGAUUUAGAUGCAGGACAAAACGGGCAGGUGUUCUAUUCUUUGAGUGAAGUCGGUAGAGGGGAACAGAAUGAUUUAUUUGCAAUAGAGAAGACAACUGGCACUGUAACAAACAUUAAGAAUUUAGAUUUUGAAGAUGAAAAUGUCUUUGAAAUAAGAGUACAAGCCAGUGAUGGGGCAAGGACUUCAUACACCAAAUUAUUGAUCGAGGUUUUCGAUGUCAAUGACAAUGCCCCUGAAAUUUCAGUGACAUCUUUGAUGAGCACAGUGAAAGAAGACGCGACAAUCGGCACCGCCAUUGCAAUUGUGUCUGUGCUGGACAAAGAUGGCGGAAAAAACGGUUUGGUGCACUGUCGAAUGAAGAAUAAUGCGCCUUUUAAACUGGAGUCCAAUUAUAAGAACUCCUUUUCCUUGGUUGUCGGCGGUCCUCUCGACAGAGAGAGCGUAUCUGCGUACAACGUCAGCAUCAUCGCAAGCGACGAAGGCGCUCCACCUCUGUCCGGCACCAGCGUUAUUCGCGUGCACGUCUCAGACGUCAACGACAACAAGCCUCGCUUCUCGGAGCCCCUCGUUAAUGUUUACAUCAAAGAAAAUAGUCCGCCGGGAGCGCUGAUACAUAAAGUGACUGCGGUCGAUGACGACGUCGAUCAAAACGGGCGCCUGACUUACUCGUUGCUGCAAAGUAGCACCGACUCGAUUCCGAUAACGACGAUGCUAAACAUCGACUCGGAGAGCGGCGACAUCGUCACUUUGCAGUCGUUCGACUACGAGACGCUGAAGACGUUGGAGUUCAAGGUUCAGGCCGCAGACCGCGGCGUUCCGCCGCUGAGCGGCGAGGCGAGCGUCAACGUUUUCAUCCUGGACGAGAACGACAACAGUCCCGGCAUCCUGCCGCCCUAUUCCGAGCACGGCUCGGCGAACGGCGAGAGCGUCCCCUAUUCCGCCGAAGCGGGCUACUUUGUGGCCAAGAUCAGGGCCGUGGACGCGGACUCGGGAUACAACGCGCUGCUCUCCUAUCACCUGUCCGAGCCCAAAGGCGGCGGCGGCGACGAGCUCUUCCGGAUCGGAAGCGGCACCGGGGAGAUUCGGACCAAGAGGAGAAUGAGUGACGAUGACCUGAAAAGUCACCCCUUGGUGGUGUUGGUGUGCGAUCACGGAGAAGCCUCCCUGUCGGCUACUGUGUCUAUUGAUGUGCUGGUGCUGGAAAGCACAGCCGACAUCCGCACUCAGUUCAGACACGUGCCCAGAAAGGAGGAGAGCUUCUCCCGUUUCCACUUGUAUCUGCUCAUCGCCAUUGCGGCCGUGUCGCUCGUCUUUCUGCUCAGCCUGCUGGCUUUCGUGGCCUUCAAGUGCCGCGGACGGACGGACGGCGCCCCGAUGAUCGCCGCCCACCCCGACGGGAGCUGGUCUUACUCCCAAGCCACUCAGCAGUAUGACGUGUGUUUGGGCUCGGACACGCUCAAGAGCGACCUGGUGCUCUUCCCCUCGCCCUUUCCGCCGGGGGAAGCGGAACUCAUCAGCAUUCACGGCGGGGACACCUUCGGCAGGACUCAGACUUUGCCUCAUAGCGAGAAGGUAGGAAAAUCCCAUUAACUCGAACGCUCAUGCGAUUCACACAGUAAUUAAAAAUAGAAUGUUUUGCAGCUUGA